AGAUCUUCAUGAUGCAACUUGGCCAAGGUCAGCGGCUUCCCAAUGUUUACCCCUCACACCCAACUAUGUGGCUGGAAGAGUUUGGAGUGGGUGGGCCCUGCGAUGAUGUGCUCACAAAGUCUACACUGUCCAAACAAUCCUGUGCGCACCUAGUCCCACCCCUUCUCUCACCCCUCAGCUGCCUACCUUUCCCCCUCCUGUGCUCCCCUGUACUCUUCCCCUGCUCCUCUGCCAGGCUGAGUUACUGAAGCCACCACUCGAGGAGUUUCAGAGACGUUUUGCCCUGUCUGACCGUGAUCCCUCUCAGCCACCAUGGUUCGCAGCGGCAGCAGUAUCUGCAGAGUCCUCCUGCUCAUGCUCCUUGGCCUUUUGGUAGCCUUUGUACAUACAGAGACAGUUGCAGACCCUGCCUCAACAACCAGGGACAACCAGGACACCAUGUCUGGAGAGGCACCCAAUGACAUCACCACCAAAGAUCCUAUCCAGGACAUGACAGAGCAGUCCUUCACCAGUGACUACGAGGACACCACACCCCAGGCCAUGGACGAGGAGGAAGGGGUUCUGGGGCCAGGGGCCAUCACAGCCAUCGUUAUAGCAGUCUUCCUGGGAGCGUCUGUCCUCCUCGCCCUCAUCGUCAUCACACUUAGAAAGUUCACCGCAUCCUAGAGUGAAUGCAUCCCAUAUCGUGUCUGUAUGGAUGUGUAGGUGUUUGUCCAGCAUGAGUGUUUGUGUGUUUUGCGCCUCUCGGUCUCAAUCUUUGGACUCUCAACUCUCUCCUCAUCUUCCUUUCAAAGAUAGGUUGUGUUAUGUGCUUCGCCGUAGAUGCUGAAAACUGUGGCAGGUCCCCUGACUAUUUACGGAUUUACUCCUGUAAACACACCCCAACUGUUGCUCAGCAUGCCCACUUAUUCCUGAAGGUAUAAUGUUAGAAACUGGCUGGCUCUUCCAGUGGAAAUCAUAGCAUGUCCAUGACAUUUUUAUUUUCUUCCGUUUUUUUCUUUGCUAAGCUCUUACAUGCAUGUUCUAAAGGGUGUUAAUGUUUGUGAGCUGUUUUCUUGUCUUGAGAGUUGGUGUGAAAUACAUGAACUGUGUGUGUGGGGGGUGGCGUUUUCGUAGUCUGUCUCUUACUUUUUCUAUUCAGUAAGAAAGAUGUUUGAGUUUUAUGUGCCUACAUAUGAGGUUUUUAUUAGUCUUUCACAAUGAUUCCACCUUGCUCCAAAAUAAUUUCUAAAAUAUUCCCUUGGUGUCACCCAUGUAGAAGUUUUGAAGUUUGAAUUGCACCAUUUACAAACAUUUGUAGAGUCAAAAUAAGAAGAAACUUUUUUUUUUUUUAAAGGUUCCUUCAAUGAAUGUAAACAAGGUAACUGGGUUGUUUGUUUUACCUGCAGAGCAAAUAUGAAGUUAGAGAGUGGAUGAAUGUCUGUUGUGCACUCAAGUGAGUGUUUGUAGUUUUUUGUUGUUGUUUUAUUCACAGGAGGAAGAUUAUUUUAGUAAAAACAUUUUAUCCUUUUCUAUUUGCCUCAGAGGCCCCAUGCCAUAUGGCUGGAUGUUGCCAUAGUAAUUUCACUGCCCAGUAUUUUUAUAUGGUUUUAUUUUUGAGAUUUAAAUUGAAUAAAUUAAUCCAACAA